AUGCCUCCAGCGACUUUUGAUGUCGCCGAAGUCAAUGGUAAAUUCCGACUGAUCCGCACUCCCGUUUCUGCGCGGCAGCGCGAUCUCAUCAAGAGGAUGCGCGCGCUCUCGCUCGACCCUGCACCGGUCACAAAGCCCGCGGCUCCUUCUCCACCAAGUACACAGAACAUCAUUCCACUCAACUCACCGAGUAAGCGCCAAGCCGACUUCGAGCACUACAAGAACGAUGAGUGUCCUAGCAAGCGACGUAGCCCACGUCUAGCACUCCACCAGAUCGGUCGGAUUACGCUCCAGAGAUCUCAGCCUUCCGGUCCCUUCUUCAGACUUCUCGAUCUGCCAGCAGAAAUCAGGAAUCUGAUCUGGAAGUUUGCAAAUCCCAAAACGCCAAAGUGCUGCUGUGAUGGGCUUUGGUGGCAUAAGGUUGGCGAUAUGCCAAGACAUACAGUUGACGGCCUGCACGAACUGCUCUAUCGCCAUGAACAUAGCGGAUGCAGAGAAGCCGGAGACGUGAUCUUCGCCUAUGGGAAGCUUGGACGCGGUGUCCCAAUCAAUCGCCAAAUACUGCGCGAGAGUCGUCAUGUGGCAAAGCCAGUGGCUUUGAAGUUUGCAGCUUUCCAAAACAAUCUUCACGCGGAUUCUCGAAUGGUGGAGAUCGAAGGCGACAUACAGAAUGGCAAGCUUGUCCUGCGAGCUUCGAUGCAUUCGCUGCGUGACUACUGGUCACGACGUAUCGAGAAAUCAGUCGAAGAGGUCAAGCGAUGGGAGACUGAGGUCGGGUUGAUGGUGGGCUGUAUCGAUGCUGAGGAUGUUAACAUGAUCGAAUUCCUGCUGAUUAUAGAUGAUGGGUCCUGGGACGAGAACCACCAGUUCAACCGGAAGAGGAGUGAGCUUCAGAUCUACGUUGAGAAAGCAAAGCCUUAUCUCGCCAAGAAGCGCGCGGACGUCGAGCAAGCGAAGCAACAGCUCCACACUGCUAGGAGUAAUGCAUUCAAGUAUGGCGCCGCAGACUUUGAGUUCUUCCAGAAUCUCAAUGAGCGACUGGAAUCACCGCCAUCCCCAGCGCCAUCACCAUCGACAUCACCAACGCCAUCACCGCUGCCCUCUCCACGUCCAAGGGGCGUGAAGCGUAGGCGCUAUAGCUGA